AUGGUCUUCAUGGAAGAACUUGACAAGUUUUGUGUGGUCUUCAUCGAUGAUAUUCUCAUCUAUUCCAAGACUGAAGAAGAACUUGUAGAGCAUCUCUGGGUUGUUCUUGAACGCCUUCGAGAUCACCGUCUCUAUACCAAGUUUAGCAACUGCGAGUUCUGGCUCAAAGAAGUUGUCUUCCUCGGCCACGUCCUUUCCGAAAAUGGUGUCGCGGUUGACCCUAGAAAGAUUCAAGGUGUGCUCAAUUGGGUUCAACCCAAGAGUGUCACUGACAUUCGGAAUUUUCUUAGACUUAUGGGUUACUACUGUUGGUUCAUCGAGAACUUCUCCAAGAUUUCCAAGCCCAUGACUGAGCUACUGAAGAAACAAAGUGCAUUUGAGUGGUCCGAUGAAUGUAAGGAAGAAUUAGUGUUCGACUACUUCACGCCCGCCGAUGUUGGCGACGGGCGAGAGUAG